AUGAGACUGCCCGAGGCGAAAGAAAUCAGCUCCAGCGACGACGGAGUGAUUCUUGGCUCAUUCCAAAUGGCAGUCCUCCGCUAUUCCUCCUACCGCUUCCGACUGGAUCGCAUUAUCUCUGACAUCAAGGAGCAUCUUUACUACCUUCCGGACAAAACUUCCCAGGCUUUGACGAGCGUGAGCCCCGAAUCGCACCAGCGUAACAUCAGACUGGACUUGGAUGAGUGGUGGGAAGAAACUGUUCUCGGCUUGGCUGCUAUCACUAGCGGAGUUGGGGCUCGACAGAAAAACAUCUGGCGGCUGAAACUGGAAAUUCGAUACCACCUGGCACUAGUUCUGUUAUACCAUCCGUCGCAAGAGAUACGUAACCCAUCGCAGGAUCAUCUUUUGCAGUGUUUCAGCGGCGCCUGUUCGAUCUUGGAUCAGUAUCAGGCCUUAUAUGAGGCAAAAGCGCUCUACCACGGAUGGUUCCCGGUGCAGUAUCUUCGCCGCAGGUGCAACGCUGGUAUACUCUUUCUGGACUUCGCCAGCUGUGCGGCGUGA